GGUGGGUUUUGGGUGAUAGAUUUUGCGUAUCGAUUCUGUAGGUGAGUUCCCUAUUUAUACUAGUUGGUUGGAGUGAAAGUGUCCGUCAAUCUUCGCACGAUCUCUACAAUUUGGCGAGAACUGCGAGUGCACUGAUGUCGUCGGUUACUCUAUGAACGUGGUGCAACGAUUAAUGCCAUUGUGCAUUACUGGAUUAAACCUGGCUCAGUCGCAGUAUCUUGACUGAUCGUCUGGAUUCAGACAGAGUAGACGAGCCGAGCACAAUUAUCCCUGAUUGGGCUCGGAUCACGUCAGCUCAGUUGUAGACAGAUAUGCCCCGAUCACUUGUAAUUGGUUUAGUCCAAAUCUUCCGAGCCCAUAUCUCGCCACAGGUCGAACCUACCUAACUUUGUGAUCCUGCUUGAUGAAGUAUCUGAUCCGGCUGCUCGUCUGGUCGAGCUGACCUUGAACUAAGCUCAGUUAGAUCAUCUUAGGAUGUGGUUGAGCCGAGCUGGCUUCGAUUGAGGUCGGAUCAAAAUCUCCCAUAACAGAAGCCCCCCACUCCCUGAGUUUGCAACGCAAGCUCGGGGAGCGAAUUCAUGCUGGGAAGACGAGUGGGCAGGGCAAUUCGCUUCAUCCUAAUAAUUGCGUCGGGAACGGUUCCAUAAUGACAAGCUUUAUUAUUGAGGCGUCGGGCUCCUUACGGCGGGCGGUUCGUUUCUUGGCGAGUGGUAGGAGGACACGUGUCAAGGAUUGAGGACACGAGACGACCAAAUCGCCUGGGAAUUCGCCACGGGCGUCGUAACGAGAAAAAGGUGGGCGGCUCUUCGCAUACCACAUUAAUUGCCAUUUACUAUGGCCAGUGCUCGGCCACGGAAGACGUGUUGCUCGGACUAAUGAGGCGCUGCCACGUAUGGAGUAGUGCUCGGCAUGGCUAUCUGACUUCAGCAAUAACUACUUGUCAUGAUUGCUUUUUGGCUGGGAACAGUAUAAGAACCACUGCUUCACUCAUUUGGUUCAGCAUUUGCUAGCCAUCAUUCUGCCGCUGUGACUCUUGGAGCGAACGCAAUCCUCCUACGCAAAGGGCCUGCUAGAGCUUUCCUCUGUCCUCUAAGCCCAGGUCGACAAGGUGCGGGUGCUGAAAGAGGAGCACCACAUCUGGCACGAGCUCAUUUCCCCGACGAACCUUUACAAGUCAGGUCUUUGUAGAUAUACCCCUCUUCUCUUUACUCUCGGUAAGUGUCUUGUUGAUAGCUUUAGUUUUUGUCAAUCGAGUUUAUUUUGAUCCGAACUGUGCCUUGCAGGGAUGGCCGAGCCUUCGGGCGCCAAGAAGAGGAAGCAGCCCCCGCCCCUCAACGAGAUGCUCCGGGUGAAGGUCACUGCUCGGAGGAAGAAGGGGACCUCUCGGGCUGAAGCCGGGCCUGUUGUUACUCCUAUCCGCGCCCCUGAAGUGCCCCCGACUGUCCCUUCACAUCCACCUGGGAUGGAAAGGGAAGCAGUCGGGGAAACCGCUAUCGCGUCUCCCACCCGUUCAGAGCUCAGGAGGGAAAUUUUGGCGAGCGCUGAGCGCAUCGAACUCAUGCUCGCCAAAGUCGACUACCUGGUCGGCAGAGCUAGCUCUCCGCCCAAGGGCGAGGAUGCGCCAAUGGCUGAGCUUUAGGCCUCGGCCGCCAGCGGCAUUGGCAAGGCUACUGGAUCUGCCCCCCUUCCAGAAUCUGGGGAGCUCCUGUCCGGCUACCACAUGUCCCGCCUAGUCAACUGGGCGGCGAAGCAUGUUCUCGAGGUGGAGAUUGUCGACCUCCUCUCUUGUCGCCAUGAGUUUUUU